UGGGAACUGACAUUUUUGGAGAAAAUGCAUAUGGUGCAUAUGUUAUGGCCAAACGUUAUUGUAGAAAAUCUAUCUUUUGUUUUGUGGAACAUGCAAAACUUGGCUAACUAGUUAGCAACGUAGAUUGCUAGCUAGCUAACAGUAGAUAGUUAUCUAGGUAGCCUAUGUGUUCAACAUCACUGCUAUCUCAGCUAGCUAGUAAAGUAACCUAUUUUCACUCCUGCAGGUGGAGAAGAGAUGGCACAGGUAUUACAACUAUGUGUGUUUGUGUGUUGUCAUGGUGGUCUCAAAGGGGGACCAAGUAAUUCGAUAACCCCAUAUAACGUUGAAUGGGGGGAGGGUACAGUAGGAGGCUGACACACCGACAGUCUCCUGUCAAAUAGAAGAUGGAGCCAGAGGAACGCUUAGAAUUUCUUUAUCUCGUCAGGAACAGACAGGGUGGUGUGUAUAGCCUAAAGUGAAUAACAUACUGAGGAAAUGGAUAGGGAGAACACAAAUGCUGUGUUUCAUUCAAGAGACAAGACAUACGUGUUUCUGUGGACCUACAGCCAGUUUCAGCAGGAGCAGACAGAGUGGGAUGCUGUGAACAGACUCCUCCAGCACCAUGGGUUCAAGCCGGUUCACUUUGCUGAUCCCGUCGCGAAUAAGAACCAUGCAGACUUGGUUCUUCUGGAGAAGAUGUCGGCCUGUGACAUCAGGACUAUGCUGCGAGCGAUGCUUACAGACAGAGAGGAGACAUGCUGCGGGCGAUGCUUACAGACAGAGAGGAGACAGACCUUGAUUCAGGAGCUCAUCGAGUCCAACAACCAACUUAAAGAGGAGGCUCAGCAGCACGUUAGCCGCGCUGCCCGUCAGUCCCAGAGGGUGAACGAGUUGGAGGGAGUUCUGGACGGGGUGAAGAACAAGCUGCAGGACCUGGAAGACAGUUACAUUGGCAAGGCCACGCAGCAGCACAGCAAAGUGCACCACCUUCAGCAGGACAAGAGAGAUGCACAGAAACGGUGCCAGGGCCUGGAGCAGAAGCUGUCUGAGGAGAAAGAUGUGGUUUCCCAGCUGCAGAGGAAGCUCUACUUCACUGUGACAGAGGAAGAGAGGCGUGUUGCUAGGCAGAACCAGGUGUUUUGGCAGAUCCACAAGAGAUCAGCUCGGCCCAACUCACUAGUGGACCAGCAGGUGUUGGAUGUAAUUGACAUCUAUGAGGCCCAAAUGGAACAGCUCUGCGAUGAUUCCUAUCAGGAACAGUUAAUGGACACCAAAGCUCAGAGGGAGGAGCUUAGGAAUGAAAUUCAGCAGUUGAAGCAAGACUUGGAAUCUAGACCCACAGUGAAAGAGCUGAAGUCCUACAAAGAACAACUGAGACGCAUGGACAGACUUAUUCACCAGUCUGCUCAGGAGUUUAAAGAAGAGGGGAGGGCCGCUCUGAGUAACCAGGAGGUGGCGAAGGCAAGGGCCUUGGCUGCCAGACACGAGAAGGUUCUGAAUGACAUCAGAGCGGUUUUGACUACUUCCGGGGCUCCACUGAGGCUCCAUAGAGCGAGGCCAUCAACCAGCCAUCCCCUGUCCAACAGGGCCUCAGAGAUGGUCGAGUUUGACGAACUCCUCUCCACUCUGGAGAUGUGGGCUGACCAACUGGCUUCACUGAAGAGACCUAAGUAUUUACUUGUCUCUCUCUCUCUGUGUGCUUUGGACCUGCACUGUGGCCUGAGUAAGUUGAUGCUGAGACUGGUACCAUGGCAGCCAGCUGGCGCUACUAGUCUUAUGGAAAGUGUUCGAGUGGAGGACCUUAUGCUACUGGUGGACAGCCUGCUAGAGGAGACCAACUCUGGGGAGGAUACGGUGCUGAGAAGCCCCACUAGGAACACACUCCAGUCCAUGGUGUCCCACUUCCAGAAGCUGUUUGAUAUAACCUCCCUCAGCGGAGUGUAUCCACGUAUGAACGAGGUCUACACCAGGCUUGGGGAGAUGACCAACGCUAUGAGGAACCUCAGGGACAUCCUGGCCCUGGAUCACAGAGCACCCCUUAGUGAGGUGGUAAACCAGAUAGCCAGUCUGGUCAACUCCCCAGAGGCCACGUCCGGCCACGAGCCCCACGUCCUCCUGGGAACCAGUGAUAUUGACAGUAUUAUUUUGAAGGUAAAGGAACAUGCGGUGUUCUUCCCUGCAUUCUACUUUUUGGUUCAGGAGCUGCUCCAGACUCUAGAUGUUGACCGUCUGGAUGACAUCAUGCCUGUUCUGAGGUCACUAAAGUCAAGAGCAGAGUAACACCGGUGCUUUGUAAUUAACAAUGCCUUUAUGUUUUGUGUAUUUAAUUUGGAGUGAUUUUAUGGCGUUCUACUUUUGAUAUGUAAAUUAACAUGAAUUAAUACCUCUUCCAACAACAUCUCAAUUCAUUAGUACAGUGAAAUAACAUGACAUGUAUGAAAAAAACAUAAGUUUUAUUUUUUAGUGAUAUAACCCUUCUUUCUCCACACCUAAGAACAAACCUCAGUUCAUAUGAGAGUUAAGAAAAAAGCUGUUGACAAAAAU